AUGACCCCGACCAAGGCAGCCGAAGAAGUAACACGGAGUCUCGUUGAACGUGUCUCAUCAGGAAUCUCGGCAUUGCCCCGCCCUGCCGAGCCUCAGAUGCAGCGCCGUGCCGACCAAGUCCGCAGCCACUUGGCGAUCCCGAACUACCGCGCCGAAAUCGCCAUGCAACAACGCGCUUCUGAUAUUCGGGAAAAUAUGGAACUUCCCCGUCUGAAGCGUUCCUACGAUCAGAUGAGCCAUUCGAGCCCCGAGCCCGUCUCCCCGGGUCCUGCCUUCCCGAGCGACCCUCUUGAUCUGAACUUGGACGGCGCGUCUAUGGCGUCCUACAUGUCCCAGAUGGAAUACUUUCAAUCCGAUGGUGGCCGCCCUCUCGUCCAACAUGCCCCGCAUGCAACUUCAUACGCUCCUGGCGCUAUGAUGAGUAGCAGCCCGAUCCGAGAGACAAAGCUGGCCGAUCCCUUCAAGCCCACCAAGGAGUCCGACGCUCAACUGCAGAUGAUGAUGUUGCACCCCCAGCCCAUUAGCGAGCAUCAGAGCAUGGUUGGUCGCCAGGUCGAGAAAGCGCGCGAGCUCGCAAAGGACAAGCACAAGGGCCCCUUCCAGGUCGGCCGCCACUUCUGCCUGAUCGAUCCUUAUAAUGGCGAGCCCGUUCAGAUUGCCGUAAUGAAAGCUGACGGUAUGGGCAAUGUCAUCUACAAGGACAAGUUCGGAAGGGACGUCUCCAAGAUCUCGCCUUCAGGCAUCGGAGAGCCGAUGCCGGGUAAGAGAGGAGAGUUCCUUGGCUUUAAGGAAGAUUUUGGAGCCUCACACCUUUUCGGCCCCGGAUAG